GGGCGGGCCGGCUGCGGGAAGGGCGCGUAGGUUGUCACCGCCCUCGCCAGCAGCCAAUCAGCGCCCGGCAGCGCAUGCGCGGCGGGUGGUGCCUGUGCUAAGAUGGCGGACGAUAAGGACUCGCUGCCGAAGCUGAAGGACCUCGCUUUCCUGAAGGACCAGCUGGAGAGCCUGCAGCGCAGGGUGGAGGACGAGGUGCACGCAGGCGUGGGGCAGGAUGGCUCGCUGCUGGCGUCGCCUUUCCUCAAAGGCUUCCUGGCAGGCUACCUGGUAGCCAAGCUCCGCUUCUCUGCCGUCCUGGGCUUCAUGGUCGGGACCUGCACAGGGAUUUACGCUGCUCAGAACUACGCCGUGCCCAACGUGGAAAAGACAAUCCGGGAAUAUGUCAGUUCCUUGAAAAAGGGCCGGGACUAGCGAGGAGCCCCUUGGCAGCAGUGACUGUAGAACAGUGUUCCUUAGUUAGCAGGCACACGGGAUUCCUAGGGCUGACAGAGGCAACAGCACGGCCACCGUUCUUUUCCACUGGAAAAGGGCUUUACACCACAUCAUUGCGAGACAUCAGCAGGUCUGGUUAUGGGGUAUUUAUUAUUGUGGCAGCAGUGAUCACUCCACUAACGCACAGUAGCUUGGAAGCACCAGCAGCCCAGGGUUCUCCAGCUGCUGUUAACCCUCACCUCUCUCCCCAUGCCCCUGUGAAGGGCUGCCUUUGACAUGUCAGCACACUCACCACACAUCCCUCCUGCUGAGCGCAUGCUUUGCCUUAGGAACAUGCUUGGUGUGGCUUCCAGGGGAAGCUUGUUCUCUUCCUUAUGAAAACCAAAAUCAUUCUCCUCUGCUGCAUCAGAAAUGUAGCAGGUAACGUCUUAAUCAAGCUCAUUAAAUUCAUGGUAUUUGGUCUGUUCUUGA